UUUCCUUCUCCUUUUAUAGUAAAAGAGAAAGAAUCUUUCAUUCCUAGACAGCAUGAACACUCCCAACUACAGAUGAACUACGAUGAAAGAAAUAUAAUUUCGAAGGACAUGACGACGGGAUGUUCAUUUUGGGGAGCACUGUUCUUUGAAAGCAGAGGGUUGAGAUCUUCCGAGUUCAGUUUUCUACAUGAUGAAGGGCAGUGUUUGAGAGGAAGCGCUGGACCACAGGCAUGUGACGGCCGCUGAGGUGGAGGUGUCCGGUGAAAGAUGACUUUACUGGCGGGCGAUGGUUCGGAUUACGACUACAGCGCUUUAAGCUGCACCUCGGACACCUCUCUGAACGCUCCCCCCAUCCAGGAGCGAGAGGCUCUAAAGGGGGUUUACUAUAAACGAGCGCAACGACUGCCCCCGACUGACCCCAACACCCCCGACGCGCCCCGUCCCGACGACACCUGUGGCCAGCGCCUGCAUGUCAUCAUUAACGUGGGCGGCCUCCGGUACCAGCUUCCCUGGACCACGCUGGAGGACUUCCCUCUCUCGCGUCUGGGACAGCUACGCCUGUGCAGCAGCUUCGAUGAGAUCAUGCGUGUGUGCGACGACUACGACGUGGUCCACAACGAGUUCUUCUUCGACCGGAGUCCCUGCGCCUUCAGGACCAUCCUCACGUUCCUGCGCGCCGGGAAGCUGCGCUCUCUGCGGGAGAUGUGCGCCCUGUCCUUCCAGGAGGAGCUGCUCUACUGGGGCGUCCCGCAGGAAAGCCUGGAGUGGUGCUGCCGGCGACGCCUCCUGCAGCGCGUGGAGGAGUGCGACGAGCUCGAGCGGGACGAGGACGAGGAGGACGACGACGAGGAUGAUAGCGGAAGCGGAUCGGCCGGGGAGACUCGUCUCGGACGCUGCAUGGAUAAACUAAGAGACAUGGUGGAGAAGCCUCACUCCGGCCUGCCCGGGAAGAUCUUCGCCUGUCUGUCGGUCCUGUUCGUCACCAUUACAGCCAUCAACCUGUCCAUAAGCACCAUGCCUGCUAUGAGAGAGGAGGAGGAGAGUGGGAAAUGCUCUCAGAUGUGCUACAACAUCUUCAUAGUGGAGACGGUGUGUGUGGCCUGGUUCUCGCUGGAGUUCACGCUGCGCUUCAUCCAAGACCGCAGCAAGUUGGCCUUCCUCCGGCGCCCGCUCAACCUGAUCGACGUCAUAGCCAUCCUGCCCUACUACAUCACGCUGGUGGUGGACAGCACCUCCACGGGGGAGAAGCGCUUGGGCUCGGGUAGCAGUUACCUGGACAAAGUGGGCCUCGUGCUGCGGGUCCUGCGGGCGUUACGCAUCCUCUACGUGAUGCGCCUGGCGCGCCACUCGCUCGGACUCCAGACGCUCGGGCUGACGGCGCGCAGGUGCACGCGAGAGUUCGGCCUGCUCCUCCUCUUCCUCUGCGUCGCCAUAGCGCUCUUCUCCCCGCUCCUUUACCUGAUCGAGAACGAGGCGGCGGCCACGCGAGAGUUCAGUAGCAUUCCCGCCACGUACUGGUGGGCCGUGAUCACGAUGACCACGGUGGGUUACGGUGACAUGGUGCCGCGCAGCAUCCCAGGACAGGUGGUGGCGCUCAGCAGCAUCCUCAGCGGGAUCCUGCUCAUGGCGUUCCCCGUCACCUCCAUCUUCCACACGUUCUCGCGCUCCUACGUGGAGCUCAAACAGGAGCAGCAGCGGCUGCUUCAGCGCAGGACUCACUUCCUUCUGCGCAGUCGCAUCGCGGGACUCGGCAGCAACCUGUCGGUGGAGAGCGACGUGCUCUUCCCUAGCGUCUCGUCUAACCACAGAGACAAAGAGGAGUAAAAGUGCAGGACUUAAGUGGAAUGAAAAGCUUUUUUUAUAUAUAUCUUGAAUGUUGUUUUACAUAUUGUCCAUCAACAAUC